AGCGAACCGAAAUAUGCAAAGGGCAGUGACAUACUAAGUAAUAUAAUGAAGUUAUCUCCCUUGAAUUUAUUGUUGUUAUUUUUCACCCUCACGUUGCAUGACAGAUGAUCAGGGGAACCUGUCAAGGUAGUAAUCUAAAUCAGCGUAUUACCAUCAAUAAUGUCAAUGAAUGACUGCAAUGGCGUGAUGAAACACGAAAAGAAACAAAAGAUAGCUGUUCAUUGGUUCAGGCAUGGGCAACGUCUUCAUGAUAAUCCUGCUCUUGUGAAUGCCCUGAAAGACUGUGACGAAUUCUAUCCAGUCUUUAUCUUUGAUGGAGAAGUUGCUGGUACAAAACUGUGUGGUUUUAAUAGAUGGCGAUUUCUAUUAGAAAAUCUGAAAGAUCUGGACGAAUCAUUUGCUGAAUAUGGUGGAAGGCUCUAUACUUUCCAAGGCGACCCUAUUGAUGUUUUUAAGAAUCUUCAGAAAGAAUGGGGUAUUACUCAUAUCACAGCUGAAAUCGAUCCUGAACCAAUAUGGCUGGAAAGGGAUGAUGCUGUGAAAAAAUUUUGUCAGAAAUCAGGUAUCGAGUGUGAUUUUUUCACUUCUCAUACUCUGUGGGAUCCACAACUUUUACUGAAAAAGAAUGGAGGGACACCUCCAUUGACCUUUGAAUUAUUUCAGCUUGUUACUUCUUCUCUUGGACCACCCCUUCGCCCACUUGAUACACCAAAUUUUGAAGGAGUUAAAAUGCCACUACCAGAAAACCACGAUAAAUUUGCUGUACCAACAUUAAAAUCACUUGGUAUUCAUCCUGAGUUUGAAGAACAGAAAAGCCCCAUCAACGUUUUUAUUGGUGGUGAAAAACGUGCUCUUGUACUACUUAAAGCACGUUUAGAGAAAGAAGCCCAAAGUUUCCGCCACGGUCAAUGCUUACCAAACCAUCAAGAGCAACCGGAACUGCUGGCCAGAGCUGUCAGUUUAAGUCCUUAUCUCCGCUUUGGCUGCGUAUCAAUCCGUAAAACUUAUUGGGAUAUAUGUGAUACUUAUAAAAAGAUCAAGAAUGUCGAGGCUCCAAAUGAGAUUGUUUGCCAACUUUAUUGGAGAGAGUAUUUCUAUAUUAUGUCUAUUGAUAACAUCAAUUUUGAUAAAAUUGAGAACAACCCUUAUUGUCUGAAAAUCAACUGGCAAUAUAAUGAGGAGUUUUUGAAGAAAUGGGAAAUGGGACAAACUGGUUACCCAUGGAUUGAUGCAAUCAUGAAUCAGUUACGCUUUGAAGGCUGGAAUCACCAUGUUGGUCGUCAUGCAGUGUCUUGUUUCUUGACAAGAGGUGAUCUUUGGGUGAGUUGGGAAGAUGGUUUGAAAACUUUUCUGAAAUACCAGUUGGAUGCAGAUUGGUCAGUUUGUGCUGGAAAUUGGAUGUGGGUGUCCAGUUCAGCUUUUGAGAAAGCUCUUCAGUGUCCUACCUGCUACUCUCCUGUUAUGUAUGGUAUGCGGAUGGACAGAAAUGGAGAUUUUGUGAAAACCUACGUUCCCGUCUUAAAAGACAUGCCACUUAAAUACUUAUUCUGUCCCUGGAAAGCACCUUUGGAAAUUCAAGAGAAAGCUAAUUGUAUUAUUGGCAAAGAUUACCCUGAACCAAUCGUCAUGCAUCGUGAUGCUUCCAAACAAAACAUGGCCAAGAUGUAUAAAGUAAAAGAACAUUUGUUACACCAAGACGUACCUCAUUGUGGUCCAACCAAUGAAACAGAAGUUUGGAAAUUUGCCUGGCUCCCACCAAUUGAACACCACGACCUGGCCCACAAUAUUUAGUCAUAUUUUUGUAACAACUUCAAGUAAUUUUAUUAAGCUGUGUUAUUACUGUUAGUUUCUCGAUUAUAAUCUGUAGUAAAAUAACCAUUAGUGGCCUAGACAGCACUAACAGAUUUGUCAUAAUGAAAGUAACUAUGCACUUACUCUUUUCCAAAACAAUUUAUUUUCUUGUUGACUGGUUAAAUACAAGGCGCUUGCAUUAUUUGUUCAGUAUUCUAGUUAUAAUCAUCUUGUGUAUAUUAUUGGGGAAAAAUAAAAAAAAAAAAACCCCAUUUCACUCUCUGAUGAAGGGCUUUACUUGAAACAAUGUUCUCAUGUUACCACAA